CGCGCGUGUGUGCGUGCGCGCACGAGAGAGCGCGCGCGCAAGAGAAAGUCUCCCUUUCUGUGUUUAUGUUCUUUACGAAAGGCUGCUGCUUUGGACUGAUUAACCUGUAAAACUCGAAAGCUUGUUCAAGACGUAAGGCGUCACCCUGCCUGGGUGCGAUGUCCUUUUGACCCACAUGAGCUCGACUAUGUGGUACAUCAUGCAGAGUAUUCAGAGUAAAUACUCCCUUUCGGAAAGGCUUAUCCGAACGAUCGCUGCCAUUCGCUCAUUUCCACACGAUAAUGUGGAGGAUCUUAUACGCAAGGGAGCCGACGUGAACAGGAUGCAUGGCACUCUGAAGCCCCUGCACUGCGCCUGCAUGGUGGCUGAUACAGACUGUGUGGAGCUUUUACUGGAGAAAGGUGCAGAGGUAAAUGCUUUAGAUGGCUACAAUCGCACAGCACUGCAUUACGCAGCAGAGAAGGAUGAGGGCUGUGUGGAGCUACUGCUGGAAUACGGAGCUCAGCCCAAUGCUCUGGAUGGUAACAAGGACACUCCACUACACUGGGCUGCCUUCAAAGACAACCCAGAGUGUGUCCGUGCGCUGCUGGAGAGCGGUGCCCAUCCUAACGCACGUGAUUACAACAACGACACACCACUCAGCUGGGCUGCCAUGAAAGGAAACUUGGAGAGUGUACGUGUGUUGCUGGACUAUGGCGGCCAAGUUCACGUGACAAACCUGAAGGGCCAGACACCCAUUUCACGUCUGGUGGCUCUGCUGGCACGUGGCCUGGGCUCUGAGCAGGAGGAAGAGUGUCUGGAGCUGUUGUGCAGCGCUGCAGGGAGGUUGGAGGUGCGUCGGGCCGAUGGUUCCAUGCCUCACGAGCUUAGUAAACAUCCAGAGCUUCUGGCACGCCUCUCCGGCAUGAUGGCUCAGCCAGCAUUGCUGAGGGAUCUGGCCCGCUGCGCUGUACGUAACAGCCUUGGAGUGCAGUAUCUCCCCACAGCUGUAAAGCAGCUUCCACUGCCUGAGUCUGUUAAACAGUAUGUACUCCUCAGAAACAUUGGGUAUAAACAAGACAAAGAAAGAGAGAAAGAGGGAGAACAGACUCUCUGUAAUGCACUGCAGAGCAAGUAGUUAUGUAUAAUCAUUAAAGGCACACAAAUCUGUAUAUUAAUAUAUUUCCAGCAGUCUCUUUAAUAGGAACACCCAUAGAUUUGAUCAUUAUCAGCCAAUCACAUGGCAGCAGCACAACGCACAUCUUGCAGGUAGACGUCAAGAGAUUCUGUAUCACGAUAGUGAUGUGAUCUCAGUGACUUUAAAAGAGUCAUAUUGUUGUUCCAGACAGGUUGAUUUGAGAAUUAAAGAAACUGCUGAUAUAGUAGUCAUACGACAGUCUCUAAUGUUUACAAAAAAAACAACUACUAAGCAUGUCUUUGGAUAAAACACCUUGAGGCCAAGAAUAGUACAGACAGACUUGUUUGAGACAACAGGAAGGAAACAGUACCCAAAUGAUCACACUCCGUAUGACCGUGGUGAGCAGAAAACUGUUUCACAAUCAGAAUCAGAUUCAGAAUCAGAAUGUGUUGACACACACAAGGAAUUUGGUUCCAGCUAUUUGUGACUCAAAAGUACAGACAUUAAUAACACAAUACUAUACAUUUAGCUUGGACUGUACAAGAAAAGACAGACGAUGUGAGACGAUGCACAACAUGUUAAGAAUUUAGGUGACUUAAGGCGACUGGACUACAGGGGGACGAUACGGUAGUCUGGUGCUCGAAAAUCUAUUUGCAUAAAUGACCAUUAAGGUGUUCCUAUUAAAAUGGCUGAUGUUUGCAUUAAAGAUUUAGUGUUACCCCCAUUUUUUAUUCCUUCUAAUUAAUUUCCUGUCAUGUUAAAAUAUGAUAUCAGGACUACUGUGCACAAAUGUUCAAGCUAUUGUUACUUCAGGCAAAACUUAUCAAAAAUCUUUCAAUGCAAUGAAGGAAAAAAAUGGGUAAUAGGAUAAAGUAUAGAAAUUGCUAAUAUAUUGUAUAAUUCUUAUUAACAUGACACUUGCUUUGGCCUUUGACUGUAUAAUUUUAAUUUUAAAACGAAUAAUCGCCUCGUUGUGUGGACGAUACCAUUUUAGUUGAGAUCGUAAAAUAUAUUUGUAACUGAAGAUUCUUUGAGAAGGCAAAUAGUAUGUUAUCAGACCUUUCAAUUAAAUAUGUACGAUCAGAUUUAAACAAAAAACAAAAGUAUAAUUUACAGGCUACAAAUUCUGGUGCUUCUCUCAAGACUGUGUUUUUUUUUUCCCCUUUAAUGAGAACCCCAUAGAGCAUGCAGUGUACUUUUAAACUUCAAGGUGUAAUAAGGACCACCGUCUUACCUUUGUUGGUAUAUUUGCAUAGUUUGUACUUUGAGGGAACAAAUCAUGUACUGGAUAAUAGUUUCUGAACGCUUCCUAUUCGAUUUAACACUAGCGUCCUUUUUUGCAGUUCUGAAUUUAAUAAGCUCAUAAUCAGUUUAGUUGCUGAUCUUUUCUGAGAAACACCCCCCCCUCUCUGUGUUUCUUCUGUAAUUUAUGUUUGUACACUGAUAAUCUAAUUAGAAAAUUAGCCCGUGUGAUGUUUAUGUCUGUAUUGUGUGCAGCCAACCACUUUACACACUUUCCUUGUGGAAUACAAGUAAAAUCCAUUCUGCAUCACAUAAAAUGGCAGUUCAGUUCA